GUUGUUCAGCCCCUGUCAGUUCUAAAAAUCACAUCCAUCACUUCUAAAUGAUGUAUGAAUAACUGAUUUGAAGGCAUGUUUGUAAAUAUUUGUGUGAUCUGAUGCUAUGCAGUCAUCAUGAUGUCUGAUGAGUACUUAGUGGAGUGCAAAAUAGAUGAUGAUGAUGACUAUGAAGAGGAAGUGAUGAGGAUCCACCCCACUCCAACUCCACCACCACAGUUCUGCUCCAGCUCCCAAGUGUCUGUAAGCCAUGGUGAAACCAGAGACCCAUAUGGCGUUAACCACCACUUAAGGGUGGAGUAUAGUGACGUUUUGGCUGAGCCAGCCUCUCCCCAAAGUUAUGAAAAGGUUUGGGUUUACAGUAGCAUUGGUUUUGAGUCAGCACGAAUCUGGAGUUACCGCUGCCUCACAACACUGUUCUCGAUUCCCGUUUCCUGCCUCUCAGGCUGCCUUUUUGCACUGCUGGCCUGCUUACACAUCUGGUGUUUGAUGCCCUGUGUUCAAGUGUGUCAUACCUGUUUGCCCUGUGUGAGGUCCCUGUGGAUGAGUGUGGUGAAUAUCUUUAUCAUGCCACUCUGCAUGUCUGCGGCUCACUGCUGCAGAGGAAUAUAUGUACUGUUCUCUAAUGAAUGAGGCAUAGAGUGAAGAAAUGUACUCAGUACAUCAAACCAAUCAUUUUUUGUUUAUUUCAGCACACAUACCUCGACAUUUGAAACAUGUACAGUAUUGCAAGGUUCAGUAAACUGUUAGCCUUAAAUAAGGUUACAUUGUAGUGUAAAGAAAUAGAAUA